CACAAAUUGAUAGAAUUCACUGAACUAGAAUUGUUUUAAAUAAAGUUUGUUUUUCUUUGAAAAAUUUAGAGAUUUAAAAUGACUACAGCAGCGCGUCCAACAUUUGAUCCAGCGCGCGGUGGCUCUGGACGUGGUGAAAAAGAUUUGAGCGCACUCAGCAAACAGUAUUCGAGUCGCGAUUUGCCUGGGCAUACCAAACUUAAAUACAGAGAAAUUGGCCAAGGAACCAGCGAGGAGAUACGCAAUCGUGAUUUUCGCAAGGAGCUCGAGGAACGCGAGCGCGAUUUGCGUUCUGGCAACAGCUCGAGCAAGGCGCUGCCCUCCAUUGUGCGCAAAGCUAUUGAGGCGAACAACGCUAGUGGAAGCGGCGCAAGCAAACGUACCAAAUUAGACAGUCUGUCGCAGCAGCAGCUACAUCAGCAGCAGCAGCAACAACAUGCUGCCAAUCUCGAUGCAGAUGAGCCACUGGACAAUGACAGCUCGGAGUCCGAAAGCGAUUCGGACGAUGAUGAUGCGGCGCUGCUAGCCGAGUUGCAGAAGAUCAAACAGGAACGCUUGCAAGAGACGGCACGCCGUGAAGCUGAAAAGAAACAGGAGGACGAACGCAUUCGCAUGGAGAACAUUCUAUCGGGCAAUCCACUAAUUAACUAUGAGCCCGGCACAGCCGCAUCAGCUGCUGGACGUACUUCCGGCAAUGGCGGCGAUCUGAAAAUAAAGCGUCGUUGGGACGACGAUGUUGUCUUCAAAAACUGCGCACGCUCGGCACCAGAAAAGAAAACUCAUUUCGUUAACGACGCCCUGCGCUCGGACUUCCACAAAAAGUUUAUGGACAAGUACAUUAAGUAGAUAAGAUAUCAGAUUAAGAUGAUCUAUGUAAGCAGUUGAGUUCGACUGCCCAACCAACAUAUUUGUAAUAGUUUUAUACAACCUACCUUUUUUUUUGUGUGUGCUCUUCACAUUAAUAAAUUAAACCAAACAACUGGAA